AUGCUUAAACAGUCGCAAGAAUAUUCAAAAUAUGUUCGAACUCUUGGAGAGAUUGAUAAGGUGUUUGACACCGCAUCCGCACCACAAAAAAUGGUUACAUGCGGUCAUCAUGUUUGGAUGGCGCUCCUAAAUGGCGCAGAGGUGCGCAAUACACGUACGGCUGAACCUGUACAUGGAUGGGAUAUCACUCUAUCUAACGACAAAAAUGACUCUAGUGUAUGGUCGCUCCAAGCCGUAAUGACACAGAGUAAAGGUUCACAAGUGUGGAUGGGUCUCUCUAACGGAAGUAUUGAGGUGUAUGAUGCCCAGUCUUUUCGUAUGGUACAACGACUGGCGAAACAUGCUGGUGGUGUUUACUGUCUUGCUGAGUUUGGGGGUUAUGUAUACUCAGGCAGUAGCGACUUCAAGAUUGCACAGUGGUACGCAGAGGAUGGACGUCUUGUGCGUAUGCUACAUGGCCAUACCAACUAUGUGCGUUGCCUAUACGCGGAGGGGAGUGCAGUUGUGAGUGGAUCUGACGACUGCACUGUGCGUGUGUGGGAUGCGGGAAGUGGUGAGGCACAGCUGACAGGCCACUUUCAUGGCCGAGCUGGUGUGUCGGCUCUCUGCCGCGUUGGCGUGACGAUGUGGUCUGGCGAUGAUGACGGGCGUGUCAUUGCAUGGAAGUUAGGCACGUGCGAGGCGCUACGGGUCCUGCAGGCACACGGUGGCCGUGUAGCCUCAUUGCGAAAGAUUGGAUCACGAGUAUACUCUGGUGGUGCUGAUGGUAUUAUUGCCGUAUUUGAUGCAGAGGAUGGACGAUUGUUGCAACAAAUAGAAGGUCACCGAGGUACUCGUAUUACGGCUCUUGUUGGGCCAUCUGAACUCCAACGGUUCUGCAUCUGGUCUUGUGGUACUGAUGCUGUCGUUCGAUGUUGGUAUCAAGAUGAAUAUGUCUCUAUGGCAGGAGACAAAGAAAGGUUUGCGGAAGAUUUCUGGUAUCGUACGGGUUCUACACCCUAUCGUGAGUUUCGUGAAAGUGUAUUAAAGCAGAUCGGUCUGCUUCGGGAAAAGCUCAUGAUGGCAGAGGAUCAAAACUCUCGCUUGUUAGAUUUGCUCAGCUUCUCUAACGCUUCUCUUACUCCAGAGCACAUGCAGAGUCGUGAAGCUAAACUGAAAGAGGAAUAUCGAAUUGCAAAAGAAAGGCAAGAAAUGGUAGAAAAUGAGCUUGAAAAGUCAAAAGAACUCUUGCAAAGACGAGAAAGGGAUACAAAUACUUUGGUCGAACUUCUUCGCGUGGCUCAGGCUGAAUUAAAGGUUUUAGAUCCUGCUGCACUACAUGAAAUACAAACCAGUACAACAAAUCUCCCUUCUGGUGCCGCAUCAAGUAUCCCGUUACCAUCUAAUGUUGUAGGGGGUACAACUUCUAUAAGCGGUUUGGCACCGCAAUCAGGCGUUGCUCUCACCGGUGCUGGGACUACUACAACCUUGCCUCCCUCUUCAUUGCCCGCUCAAGGUGUACUCACGUCACAACCGUAUUCUGCAGGGACUCAACCAGGAGGAACCACUACAGGUGUGAGUACAAUAACCCCACAGCCGUAUUCUGCAGGGACUCAACCAGGANUACAAUAA